CCUCUGUUGGAACACCUGAAUACUUAAUAAAUGGAUAAAAUUAACAUUAAUAACGACUGUCUGUGACCGAUCCACAUUUUAUCCGACGACAAGCGUGUUCGACAGUCGCGUGUGAUAUAUGCGUUAGGUAAGUUUCUCGAAGAAGGUGGAUCAAGACACAGUACCCCGGCUCUUUCUUAGUCAAACUGUCCCAGGAACGACGUGGCCAAUAUUUACGUUAACAAACGGUUGAUUACUUCGGCAUGGACUCGGAGGAAUACAGCAACGAAUUGUCGAGGAACGAGUCAGAAAACGACAGCACUAACGAAGAAUACGCUCAUUCACCGAUAUUGUUAGAUUUGGAUAAAAAUUCUAAACAACAACAACAACAAGAAAUAUUAAGCCACAAAGAAGGUUCGCCAUCCAAGUUACCCAUUGACAGUCAAUAUGUGCAGGAUCAGUUAAUAAGAAACGGGCCAGAAAAUUCAAAUAUACCUCGGCGGCAAUCCAUCAGAAGAACAUGGAAGGAUGGAAACUUCGAAGAUUGUCAACAAAAUAAUGAUCGAGUAUUCGUGAUAAGAGUUCCUGAACCAGAAGUAAUUAAUACUCAUCCGCACUUAGAAAUUCUUCACGAGACCAGCAUUAAAUCGGUACAAUGUGAACCGUCUCAAACUGAGAAAGAUUAUAAGAAAUCAGCCUGUGAUCGCGAACGAACGAGAAUGCGUGAUAUGAAUCGUGCCUUCGAGCUGUUACGAUCGAAGCUUCCGAUUUGUAAACCACCAGGCAAGAAACUUUCAAAGAUCGAAUCACUCAGACAUGCGAUUACAUAUAUAAGACAUUUGCAGAGUCUUUUGGAACCACAAUAUAGUUAUGUUCCAAACGUACCUGAAAGGAGUUAUUACGCUAAUACUGCAGCAGUUACUACGACUUCUUCCUUUGAUGUUCAACAUUUACCCCGAUGGGAAUCGUUCGCUUAUUAUCGUUAUGAUUAUCACACGCCGUUUGUUAAUCCUUCCCCGCCAACAUUACCUUCCACUAUUCACUCACGAGUGCCAACAGAACAGGAUAAUCGACAAUUUCCCUAUGAAACACGACAUUAA